AUGGUAAAACAUAUUCUUCCAAAUUUACAUAGAAUAGACGUGCCCGAAAAUAAGGAAGAUUUUCUACUAAUAUGGCUUGAUAGGAAUAAUAAUAGUAAUAUUAAUAAUAAUAAUAAUUCAUCAAUUCAUCAUAUACAAACAACCCUAGUGAAGAUUAAUCCGGCAGCUCAAUUCUAUACCGACAUACGUCGAUGUGAAAAUUUUAUUCGAACAACAAAAGAUGAAAAUGUUUUACUAAUCAUAUCCGGUGUGAGCGCUCCCAGUCAUGAAUCAUUACUUGUUCAAUUAUUUGGCAUACAAUGUAUACGUGGUGUAUUUAUUUAUUGUCAAAAUCGAGAUCCCAAAAAACAGAAUUCUAAUUAUCAACAUACAAAAGUAAUUGGCUAUUUUUUGAAUUUCAAUGAAAUGAUUAUAUCAAUUGAAAAAACAAUUCACCUAUUGAAAAACAAAACAUAUAAAUAUAAUCUAUUUAAUCAACAACAAAAGUCGACAAGAGAUUUAUCGAAAGAAGAAGCUUCAUUUGUUUGGCAUCAACUUCUCGUACAUGUUCUUAAACAAAUGACCAAUGAUGAACAAGCAAAAAUUGAUAUGCUUAAUCAGUGUAAAACAUAUUAUCAACAUAGUAAAAAACAACUUGCAAAUAUUGAAGAAUUUAGUUCAAUGUAUUCGCCAGAAAAAGCAAUUUAUUGGUAUACUAAAGAAUCAUUUGUUUAUCGAUUAUUGAAUCGUGCUUUUCGUACUGAAAACAUUGAAUUGAUUUAUGCAUUUCGAUAUUUUAUUAUUGAUUUAUGUGCUCAAAUCGAACAGAAAAGUCAUAGUAUGAAAACGAGUGAUAUUUUAAAUCUUUAUCGUGGUCAACAAAUAUCGACUGAAGAAUUUCAUAAAUUAAAACAAAGUAUCGGUAAAUUAAUUUCACCAAAUGGUUUCUUUUCUACAUCACGCAGUGAAAAAGUGUCAUUAGCUUAUGCUGGCGAAAGUUCAGAGCAAAUAAAAGCUGUUCUUUUUAAAAUAGAAGUCGAUCCAACAUUGAAAUCAAUUAUUUGUGCAGAUAUUGAGGAUGAAACAGCAUUCACCGGCGAAUAUGAGGUACUAUUUUCAAUUGGUGCAACAUUUCGCAUUGGUGCUAUUGAAUAUGAUACAAAUUUAAAAGUAUGGACCAUACAAUUGACAAGUACAAACGAUGGAUUUGAACGUGUUCAAGAAUAUUUAAAAGUGGCCGAAAACGAAAUGAAAGAUAUGAGUCCAAUGGUCUAUUUCGGUAGUCUUCUCCUAUUCGAAUUAGGACAAAUUGAUCAUGCUGAAAAAUAUUUUAAUGUUCUUUUAAAAAUACUUCCAUGCGAUCAUACCGAUAUUGCUAGUUUAAAAACUGGCUUAGGACAUGUUCAUUUGAGGAGAGGCAAUUAUAAUGAAGCAUUAGAAUAUUAUCAAUUUGCUUAUAAUAUACGUCGAGAAACGCUUUCAAUUUUAAAUCCUCGUAUCGGUGCUUCAUUACGCAAUAUUGGUAAUGUAUAUCGUUUAAUGGGCAAUUUCGACCAAGCAUUGAACUAUUAUCGUCAAGCAAUGCGUAUUAAUGAAAGCAAUUAUUCCAAUAAACACAUUGUUAUUGCAAUGACAAUGGAAGAAAUUGGUUUAGUUUAUCAAAAUAAAAAUGAAUUGGUAACGGCUUUACAUUGGUUUGAAGAUGCUUUAGAAACUUUUAAACAUGUCCUUCCUUUACAACAUCCACAAAUAGCUGCCUGUCUCGGCCAUAUUGGUCAUGUAUAUCAAUGUAUGAAUGAAUACGAAUGUUCAUUAGAAUAUCUUCAUCAAGAACUUAAAAUGGACGAAUCAUGUUUACCAUUGGAUCAUAUAGAUGUUAUCAAUGAUUUAAGACGUAUUGUUGAAAUUUAUAGAAUUAUGAAUGAAUAUAAUAAAGGUUUAAAGUUUUGUCGAGAAAAAUUAGAGAAUUAUAAAAUUUUAUUAGGUGAAAAUCAUUCACGUUGUGUUAAUACACUUUUAUGUACAAUUGGCUUAUUAGUUAAAAAAUUUGAAUAUGAUGAAGCAUUAGAUUUAUCACAACGUGCAUUAAAAAUUGUUUUAAAUACUGUACCAUUCGAUAUUUAUUCCACGAUUGAAUGUCUUCAAUAUAUUAGUUAUAUUUAUCAAAUAAGAGAAGAUUUUGUUAAUAGUCUCGAAUAUCGUGAACGUCAACUUGAAAUGGAAAAAGCAAUUUAUCCAUUGAAUCAUCCAAACAUAGCUUCGUCACUUGUGUCUAUUGGAAUGAUUCGUUAUGAGAUGGGACAAUAUACGAUUUCACUCGAACUAUUACAUGAAGCAUUGACAGUUUAUAAAGAAAUGUCACCACCGACAAAGGAUAUGAUUAAAUUAGUACAAGAACAUAUUAAUAGAGUCGAAAGAAAACAAAUAAUAGUUAGAAAAUCACGAGCUUGGUCACCAGUUCGAUUUCAAUCGAGAAAGUCUAAACCAGAACGAUCGAGAUCUGAACGAUCAACGCCAAAAGAAUCGACACAUGUACGAUCAACAUCAGAAGAAUCGAGACCUAUACGAUCAAUAUCAGAAAAAUCGACUCUUGUACUGUCAAAAUCGGGUUCAAAUUCUCGUGUCAAUUCAACAUCUGAUCUCGAUCUUGAAAUAUUAAAAUUGAAACUUUCAUUUGCAGAUAUUUCUCUACCAGAUACUGUUAGAGACGUAACGGACGAGCCGAUUGUUUAUUUCGACUAA